AUGACUCCGGAAGCUGUCGUUGGAAAUCAAACUCGGGUGUUCGAACUGAUCAAGGAGGUCAUCGGGUUAGUACGCCAACAGAGGCAACAACCUCAGCAACCAGUCCAGCAGGAUGUUGCUCCUCGUGAGCAAAGAAGGAGUAUAGCAGAAUUCAAGAGAAUGACACCUUCGGCUUUUAAAGGCACCACUAGUCCUCAAGAGGCUGAAACCUGGAUAGAUGAAAUGGAGAAAGCCUUCAGGGAGGCACUUACCUGGCAGAGAUUCCACACAGCAUUCUACUCCAAGUAUUUUCCCUCCAGUCGCCUGAGGGAGCUAGAAAGGGAAUUUCUCAAUCUAAAUGAAGGAACUAUGACUGUGGAUGAGUAUGAGGCAGAGUUUGAUAGGCUAUCUCGGAAACAAAAGAAGAGAAGUAGAGAUUAUGAUGCUCGCAGUGGACAGAGUUCUAGCAAGACUGCAACAUCUCAUAAUCAAUCUUGGCAAUCAGGGAAGCAAGGAUCUUAUGGAAAAACUAUUCAGCAAGAGAAGCAUAAGUGUGAUGCAUGUGGUGGUACAUUGCCAGUUGCUUUUAUUUAUACUCAUACAUUAUUUGAUUCUGGUGCUAUGCAUUCCUUUGUGUCAUCUACAUUUGUGCAAAAACAUGACCUGCCUUGUGUGCAAUUAGAGUACGACCUGCAUGUUAGCAUUCCUGCCGGGAGCGGGAUGAUUGGUAACCAGGUCUGCAAUACUUGUCCGAUUCAGAUAGUAGGUAGAGACUUGCAUGCUGAUUUGAUAGUUAUAGAUAUGCAUGACUUUGACAUAAUCCUCGGUAUGGACUGGUUAGCAUCACAAUUUGCCACCAUUAACUGCCAUGAGAAACAGGUAAACUUUCAGAUCCCCGGAGAUACUAAAUUCAGCUUCGUAGGUAGUGGUGCUUAUAGCUCCCCUCGAGUUGUCUCCGCUAUGCAAAUUAAGCGGCUGCUUAGAAAGGAGAGUAUGGCGUAUAUUGCCACAGUGGUUAAUACUAGACAAUCGGAUCAAAGAUUGGAAGAUAUCCGAGUAGUGAAUGAAUACCCUGAUGUCUUUCCGGAAGACCUUCCUAGCUUGCCACCAGAUAGAGAAAUUGAAUUUGCAAUUGAUUUGAUUCCUGGUACUACACCAAUAUCUAAGACCUCCUAUAGAAUGGCUCCAGCUGAAAUGAAAGAAUUAAAGAAGCAGUUGCAGGAUCUUCUUAAUAAGGGUUUCAUCAGACCUAGUAUUUCACCUUGGGGAGCUCCAGUCUUAUUUGUAAAGAAGAAGGAUGGUAGUAUGAGAUUAUGUAUUGAUUAUCGAGAGAUAAAUAAAGUAACAAUAAAGAACAAGUAUCCUCUAUCAAGAAUUGAUGACUUAUUUGAUCAGUUAAAGGGUGCUCAGAUAUUCUCCAAAAUUGAUCUUCAUUCUGGGUAUCAUCAAUUAAAGAUAAGGGCUGAAGAUGUGCCUAAAACUACUUUUCGUACUCGUUAUGGGCACUAUGAAUUUUUGAGCUUCCAGGAGCUUAAGCAACAUUUGGUGUCAGCUCCCAUCCUUACCCUUCCUUCUAGUGGUGAAGGUUAUACCAUCUACAGUGAUGCCUCAAAGAAAGGAUUGGGUUGUGUGCUGAUACAGAAUGAUAAGGUGAUUGCAUAUGCUUCCCGACAAUUAAAGUCAUAUGAGGAGAACUACCCCAUUCAUGAUCUUGAUGUGUUUGCAUUAAAAAUUUGGAGACAUUAUUUAUAUGGUGAAUCUUGUAAGGAUUAUGAUUUGGCUAUUCAUUACCAUCCGGGAAAAGCUAAUGUGGUAGCAGAUGCACUGAGUAGAAAAUCCACUAGUAGUAUUGCUGCCUUACUCACCUUUCAGAGAAGAAUUCUGGAAGAUCUGAGGAGAGCAGAAAUUGAGCUUAGAAGUGAUAUUGAAUCAGGUUCUCAGUCAGAGUUCAGACUUCAUGAGGAUGGAUCAUUGAGAUUCAGGAACAGAAUUUGUAUUCCAAAUGACUCCGAUUUAAAGAAUGAAAUUAUGAGGGAAGCUCAUAAUACUGGAUAUACAGUACAUCCUGGGGGUACUAAGAUGUAUAAGGAUUUGAAAG